CUCUGGUCAUGCACCAGCUGCGCUGUAACGGUGUGCUGGAGGGCAUCAGAAUCUGCAGAAAGGGCUUCCCCAACAGGAUCCUGUAUGGAGAUUUCAAACAGAGAUAUCGUAUCCUGAAUCCUGCUGCCAUUCCAGAUGGUCAGUUCAUUGACAGCAGGAAAGGAGCUGAAAAACUACUGGGAUCUUUGGAUAUUGACCACAGUCAGUACAAAUUUGGACAUACUAAGGUGUUCUUCAAGGCUGGUCUAUUGGGAACUCUUGAAGAGAUGCGAGAUGACCGACUUGCUCUUAUCAUCACAAAUAUUCAGGCUCGAGCUCGUGGUCUUCUCUCAAGAAUUGAAUUCCAAAAGAUUGUUGACCGCAGGGAUGCCUUGCUUGUGAUCCAGUGGAACGUACGUGCCUUCAUGGGUGUCAAGAAUUGGCCCUGGAUGAAGCUCUACUUCAAGAUCAAACCUCUGCUACGAUCUGCUGAAGCAGAGAAAGAGAUGGCAAACAUGAAGGAAGAAUUCCUGAAGUUAAAGGAGGCUUAUGCCAAAUCUGAAGCCCGUAGAAAAGAGCUUGAAGAAAAGAUGGUUUCUCUUCUCCAAGAGAAGAAUGAUCUGCAACUUGCUGUGCAAGCUGAGCAAGAUAAUCUUUGUGAUGCUGAGGAGAGAUGUGAAGGUCUAAUCAAAAACAAGAUUCAGUUUGAGGCCAAAGUCAAAGAGCUGACAGAGAGACUGGAGGAUGAAGAAGAAAUGAAUGCUGAGCUGACUGCAAAGAAGAGAAAGUUGGAGGAUGAAUGUUCUGAGCUGAAGAAAGACAUUGAUGAUCUUGAGCUCACUCUGGCCAAAGUGGAGAAAGAGAAACAUGCCACCGAGAACAAGGUAAAAAACCUAAUUGAAGAGAUGGCAGGUCUGGAUGAAAUCAUUGCCAAGCUGACCAAGGAGAAGAAAGCUCUACAGGAGGCCCAUCAGCAAACGCUGGAUGACCUCCAGAGUGAGGAAGACAAAGUCAACACUCUCACUAAAGCCAAAGCCAAGCUGGAGCAACAAGUGGAUGAUCUUGAGGGUUCCCUGGAACAGGAAAAGAAACUUCGGAUGGAUCUAGAGAGGGCAAAGAGGAAGCUUGAGGGAGACUUAAAGUUGACUCAAGAGAAUGUGAUGGACCUGGAGAACGACAAACAACAGCUGGAAGAGAGGCUUAAAAAGAAAGAUUUUGAGAUGAGUCAGCUCAAUAGCAAGAUUGAAGAUGAACAGGCAAUGGCAGCCCAACUCCAAAAGAAACUUAAGGAGCUGCAGGCCCGGAUUGAAGAGCUUGAGGAAGAGCUGGAGGCUGAGAGAGCCGCUCGUGCCAAAGUGGAGAAACAGAGGGCAGAUCUGGCCAGAGAACUGGAGGAUAUCAGUGAGCGGUUGGAGGAAGCUGGUGGUGCCACUGCUGCCCAGAUUGAGAUGAACAAGAAACGUGACGCUGAGUUACAGAAACUGCGCAGAGACCUUGAAGAGGCCACUCUGCAUCAUGAGGCCACCGCUGCUACACUGAGGAAGAAACAUGCCGACAGUGUGGCUGAUCUUGGAGAGCAGAUUGACAACCUUCAGAGAGUCAAGCAGAAGCUUGAGAAAGAGAAGAGUGAACUAAGACUGGAACUGGAUGAUGUGGUCUCAAACAUGGAGCAACUUGCAAAGGCAAAGGCAAAUUUGGAGAAAAUGUGCAGAACCCUUGAUGACCAGAUGUCUGAAUACAGAUCAAAGUUCGAGGAGGGGCAACGUAGCAUUAAUGACUUAACCAUGCAAAAAGCUAAGCUGCAAACUGAGAAUGGGGAGCUCUCUAGGCAGCUGGAAGAGAAGGUUUCCAUGGUAUCUCAACUGACAAGAGGCAAGCAGUCUUAUACCCAGCAGAUUGAAGACCUCAAGAGACAACUAGAAGAGGAAGUGAAGGCUAAGAAUGCCCUGGCCCACGCAGUGCAGUCUGCCCGUCAUGAUUCUGAUCUGCUGAGGGAGCAGUUUGAGGAGGAGCAGGAAGCCAAAGCUGAACUGCAGCGUAGUCUCUCCAAAGCAAACUCUGAGGUGGCCCAGUGGAGAACCAAGUAUGAAACUGAUGCCAUCCAGAGGACUGAGGAGCUCGAGGAUGCUAAGAAGAAACUUGCUCAGCGCCUCCAGGAUGCAGAAGAAGCUGUGGAAGCGGUCAAUGCUAAAUGCUCCUCUCUGGAGAAGACCAAGCACAGACUUCAGAAUGAGAUUGAAGAUCUCAUGGUUGAUGUGGAGAGAUCUAAUGCUGCUGCUGCUGCUCUGGACAAGAAGCAAAGAAACUUUGACAAAGUCCUAGCUGAAUGGAAGCAGAAAUAUGAGGAGGCUCAAAGUGAGCUUGAAAGUGCUCAAAAGGAAGCCAGAUCUCUGAGCACUGAACUAUUCAAACUGAAGAACUCUUAUGAAGAAUCUCUGGAUCAUUUGGAGACCAUAAAGAGAGAAAACAAGAACCUCCAAGAGGAGAUUUCUGACCUUACUGAGCAAAUUGGUGAAAGUGGGAAGAGUAUUCAUGAAUUAGAGAAAAUUCGUAAACAGUUGGAGCAGGAAAAGGCUGAAAUUCAAGCUGCUCUGGAAGAGGCUGAGGGUUCACUUGAGCAUGAAGAAGGAAAGAUCCUUAGAGCUCAACUGGAGUUUAACCAGAUCAAAUCUGACAUUGAACGCAAACUGACUGAGAAAGAUGAAGAGAUGGAGCAGGCCAAGAGGAACCAGCAGAGAAUGGUGGAUACCCUGCAGACCUCACUUGAAGCAGAGACUCGCAGCAGGAAUGAAGCUCUCAGGAUAAAGAAGAAGAUGGAAGGAGAUCUCAAUGAAAUGGAGAUUCAGCUCAGUCAGGCUAACAGACAGGCAGCAGAAGCUCAGAAACAACUCAAGGGUCUUCAUGGACAUCUCAAAGAUGCCCAACUGCAGCUGGAUGAUGCUCUUCGGGGUAAUGAUGAACUCAAAGAGAACAUUGCCAUCGUAGAAAGACGCAACAAUCUGCUGCAAGCUGAACUGGAUGAACUGAGAUCUCUGGUGGAACAGACUGAGAGAGGAAGGAAACUGGCUGAGCAGGAACUGCUGGAUGUCAGUGAGAGAGUUCAGCUGCUGCAUUCUCAGAACACUAGCCUGCUGAAUCAGAAGAAGAAGCUAGAGGGAGACAAUUCUCAGCUUCAGACUGAGGUGGAGGAGGCAGUGCAGGAGUGCAGGAAUGCUGAAGAAAAAGCCAAGAAGGCCAUCACUGAUGCUGCCAUGAUGGCUGAGGAGCUGAAGAAGGAGCAGGACACCAGUGCUCAUCUGGAGCGUAUGAAGAAGAACAUGGAGCAGACCAUCAAGGACCUGCAGCACCGUCUGGAUGAAGCUGAGCAGAUCGCCAUGAAGGGUGGCAAGAAGCAGGUCCANGACACAAACGCUGAACAUUCUGUACGGGAUCUUUCCAUCACUGUUGAUCUGCUGUAG